CAACCGUCUCGCUUCGCCCUCUGAAUUUACUAAGCCCUAAACCCUAUUUUGCCCAUAAAUCCGUUGCAGUCAAAAACCAUGCUUCAAUUUUGUAGUUCCAGAGAAUUGGGUCAUGAAACUCUCAGGCAUCAUUGCUGUUCACCAAGUAAGCUUCAUUCUUUUCCCUCUCCUUACAAAGCUGGGGUUUUUGUGGGCUUUAUUAAUCUCGGUAACCUAAAGUAUGCUAAAACACAACACAUCCCUAAGCUCCUUACGGUAAAUAUAGAUCAAAGCUUUGAAAGAAGCGUAAAACAUUCACAGGCCAAGAAGCAGAACCCAAGAGCGUCGAGGGUUUCUGUUGACUCAAAAUCUUCACUCCCGCCUACUAAAAACUCUUCAGUUGAUGGUAGGAGAAAGAAGUAUGGAGGCGUCUUGCCUACGAUUUUACGCGCUUUAGAGUCUAAUGAUGAUUUAGAAAAUACCCUUAAUACGUUUUGUGACAAUCUUAGUCCGAAAGAACAGACUGUGGUUCUUAAAGAACAGCGCAGUUGGGAGAGAGUUAUUCGUGUUUUUGAUUUUUUCAAGUCACAAAAAGAGUAUGAACAUAAUGUAAUUCAUUACAAUGUUGUGCUUAGAGCAUUGGGUAGAGCUCAAAAAUGGGAUGAAUUAAGGCUCUGUUGGAUUGAAAUGGCACAGCACGGUGUUAUGCCCACCAAUAAUACUUAUGGAAUGCUUGUUGAUGUAUAUGCUAAAUCUGGUCUUGUUAAAGAAUCACUGUUGUGGAUUAAACAUAUGAGACUAAGAGGAAUUUUCCCUGAUGAGGUUACAAUGAACUCUGUUGUUAAGGCUUUGAAGGAUGUUGGAGAGUUUGAUAGGGCUGAUAGGUUUUACAAGGAUUGGUGUGAUGGGCGGGUUGAAUUGGAUGAUUUUGAAUUGGACUCAACUGUUGAUUUUGAUAAUGGAUCUGUCUCUGCACCAGUUAGUUUUAAGCAUUUUCUGUCAACUGAACUUUUCAGGAAAGGUGGGCGAAAUCCUAUUCCAAGGAGCAUGGAUUCAUUGGACAUAGAAAAUUCUAUUAGGAAGCCUAAACUAACAUCUACCUAUAAUACGCUGAUUGAUUUGUAUGGGAAGGCAGGUCGUCUUAAGGAUGCAGCUAAUAUAUUUGCUGAAAUGUUGAAAUCUGGGGUUGCAAUGGAUACAAUAACUUUUAAUACUAUGAUCCAUACCUGUGGAAGUCAUGGGAAUUUAUCAGAGGCAGAAUCUCUGCUUAAUAAGAUGGAGGAAAGGUGUAUAUCCCCUGAUACAAAGACAUAUAAUAUUUUUUUAUCUUUGUACGCAGAUGUGGGGAAUAUUGAUGCUGCCCUAAAGUGUUAUUGGAAGAUCAGGGAGGUGGGCCUUUUCCCUGAUGUUGUAACUCACAGAGCUGUUCUUCAUGUUUUAUGUCAGAGGAAAAUGCUACAAGAAGUGGAAGCCAUAAUUGAAGAGAUGGAGAAAUCUGGACUGCCUAUUGAUGAGCAUUCUCUUCCUGGAAUUUUAAAGGUGUAUGUUGAUGAAGGAUUGCUUGAGCAGGGGAAGGCACUUUUCAAAAAGUGCCAGUUGGUUGGUGGGCUGUCUUCAAAGACUCUGGCAGCAGUUAUAGAUAUAUAUGCUGAAAAAGGGCUUUGGGCUGAUGCUGAGGCAGUGUUCUAUUGUAAGAGACAUAUGGCUGGUCAGAAGAAGGAUGUUGUUGAGUAUAAUGUUAUGAUUAAAGCUUAUGGCAAGGCAAAGCUUUUUGAUAAAGCUUUUUCUCUUUUCAAAAGCAUGAGAAAUCAUGGAACUUGGCCUGAUGAAUGCACCUAUAAUUCUCUUGUUCAGAUGUGUGCUGCAGGUGAUCUAGUAGAUCAAGCAGUGGAACUUUUAGCUGAAAUGCGAGGGGCAUCAUUCAAACCUCAAUGUUUGACCUUCUCUUCUGUCAUUGCAUCUUGUAUUCGUCUCGGGCAGAUAUCUGAUGCAGUUGAUGUCUUUGAGGGAAUGGCAAUAGCUGGCGUAAAACCUAACGAAGUUGUUUAUGGCUCCUUAAUCAAUGGGUUUGCUGAGGCUGGGAACGUUAUAGAAGCUCUGAAAUAUUUCCGCAUGAUGGAAGAAAGUGGAUUGUUGGCAAAUCAGAUAGUAUUGACGACCCUUAUCAAAUGUUACAGUAAGAUUGGAUGCUUGGAAGAAGCUAAAAAAGUCUAUGAGAAGAUGAAGGAUAUGGAAGGGGGUCCAGAUAUUGUCGCAUCAAACAGUAUGAUCACACUUUAUGCAGAUCUUGGUAUGGUAAGUGAAGCCAAAUUUAUUUUUAACAAUUUAAGAGAAAAGGGUCAAGCAGAUGGAGUCUCAUUUGCAGCCAUGAUGAGUCUGUAUAAGAGCAUGGGGAUGCUUGAUGAAGCCAUUGAAAUUGCGGAGGAGAUGAAACUGUCAGACUUAUUAAGGGAUGUUAUUUCUUACAAUAAAGUGAUGGCAUCUUUUGCUACUAAUGGUCAGUUACGUGAGUGUGGAGAAUUAUUGCAUGAGAUGGUAACUAAAAAGCUUUUGCCUGACAAUGGGACCUUAAAAGUAUUGUUUACUGUAUUGAAGAAGGGAGGAUUUCCAAUUGAAGCUGUAAGUCAGCUAGAGUCUUCUUGCCAGGAAGGGAAACCCUAUGCUAUAGAAGCUGUCAUCACCUCCGUAUUUUCAGUAGUGGGUUUACAUGCUUUAGCUCUUGAAACCUGUGAAACUUUCAUUAAAGCUGAAGUGGCUCUUGAUUCUUUCAUCUACAAUGUUGCGAUAUAUGCUUAUAAGUCCUCGGGACAAAAUAACAGGGCAUUGAACGUAUACAUGAAAAUGCUGGAUGAGGGCCUUGAACCAGACCUUGUUACAUGUAUUAAUCUAGUAGGUUGUUAUGGAACUGCUGGCUUGGUUGAAGGUGUGAAGAGGAUACAUAGCCAAUUAAAAUAUGGAGCGAUGGAACCCAAUGAGUCCUUGUUCAAGGCUGUGAUUGACGCUUACAAAAAUGUAAACAGGCAAGACCUUGCUGAACUAGCUAGCCAAGAAAUGAAAAUUGCGUUAGAACCUGAGAAACAUUCUGAUUAUGAAUUUCAAGAGCAACAUUCUGAUCAUGAAUUUCAAGAGGAAUCUGAGGGAACUUUUCCAGUGCUAUAGAAUUUACUGCCUGGUCUGUUUGAGGUGAUUAGCUGAUAGUGUAAGAACUGUGUAUCUGCAGCAUUCUUCAAGAACCGAAAACUGUGUAUAUGUUAUUGCUGCAAUAGAUAACAGCUGGAAAAUUGUAACUUUAUUUUAGCUACAUCAAUAUUAAGUUGUACACUCUUUCAUAAUUGAAUAAUGAGUUUUGCUUCUUCUGUUGAA